AUGACGUUCGGGAUUAUGAGUGAAGAGGUCGCACGUGCCUCUAGGCACCUAUCUGGGCUACACAUCCCAGUAUUCGCCGUUCUAGAAUCACAAAUGGGUGACCCCGUUUUAUCGCAUUGGAUCGGGCCAGAUGGAGUAGUAGCAGGAACGGCGUUAGGUCGUGUGUCCGCCUAUCUUUUCGACUACCCGGUAACGCCCAAAUCAAACUCAUCAUCUGCUUCGGCCGAUCAAUCAUGGCAGGACCUGUCCUCCCCUAACAAUUCAGAAUCAGCGAACGCAGAUUCGACGCCGAGCAAUGGAGAUAACACACAGACAAGGUCAUCGGCUAACGAUUCACCCAAGAAAACAGGAUCUGAUGACAGGAGCAGUGCCCCGCCAGAUGGUGCCUAUAUUAUUGGCGUAGCUGACGGUGGCUCUGAUACGGAUAGCGAAUAUGAUAGCGACGGAGGUGGAGGAAGGUUUAGACAAUUCACAUCGAUGUGCGUUGCUAUCAUGAGCUACAUAAGAUGUGGUGGAUCUGGAACAAGUAAGACGAACGUCAGUGAAGUGUUACCGGGACGUUACACAGUGUUUGCUUCGUUCUCUCACGAGGCAGUGCGUGCUGUAUUCAUCGACAGCCGUUUGUUGUAUUGUUUGAUAGGCACAAGUGCAAUCGCUGUUUACGAUAUCGACAAAUAUGCGCUGAAAAACGAGUAUCGCCUAUCGUUGUCACGGAAUGCGGGCUACAAACAGAUCACGUUUUCCGGUAGUAAGAUUCUCGUGGAUUGCAUGAGAGGAUCGACGAUAUUAGAUCCGGUAUCGAAAACGCAAAUCAGUUCCACUCAUCGAGUAUACCCAUCAAACGUUCUUGAUUUCAACGGCUCUGAGAUGAUGUGCUACUACCGCAACAUCAACAAGUAUUUCGUACAGGUGGUCACACUCGAUAGCGACACAACAAAAAAGGUGCUAUUCUCAAUAGCGAUGCCGAAAAGUGUGUACCUAGUGACCCACGGAAAGUUUUGGGGACGUAAUCGAAUGGUUGUGGUGGCUGACAUGCUUACAAUCAGUGUGUUCAACUACCGCAAGAUGACGGUGCCGGUUGCAAAACGACGACUACGUGUUGACGUUGUAGCGCUCUGCGGCGGAUUCAGAGACUUUCUCGCUGUGCUAACAAAGGACUCUAUGCUUAACCUUCUACACGGGAGGACCUUGGAAACCUUUCUACAAAUCCCAUUGUACCCAGCAACGUUCGAACUGGGAUGGCCGUACACACUUGUUAACUACGAUAACGUUGUAUCGUUUACUUCAGAUGAGGGUGUCUACUGCCUUAAGCUGCCGAGGAAGGUACUGUCGGCGAGGACUCACAAUCUGUGA